AUGGAACUUGAACUGAAGACGUUUGUAAGUCUUUGUUGCGAAGACAUUUACAAAUAAAAUAAAAUAGAGAAAAACACAAGUUCAUGCAAUUGCUCGUCAUUCAAGAGAUUUCAUAAGUAACAAUGGAUAUCUAGAACUGUUUGAACGGAGCAUGCAUUUCUGGAUUAAUAAACCGGCGGGCAGGUAUUACGGUUUCACUGGCCGCCAAUACCCUGCCACACCUAGGCCAAAAAGUCGUAUAAGUCAUUGUAGAUACAUCGGAGAGCCAAGACAGAUGAUUACUCCGCUUCAUCGAUUUCAAAAUUUAAAUACUAUGGGAAAUACAGCUGGUCCUAGUAAUAGUUGCAGAAUGAUAAGAACAACGAUAAGAACGAACAAUGAAACUCAAAGCAAUUUUCCAGCUGGUUCUACUCAACACCCCCAACUAAACAACAUCUCCAAUAAUGUAACAACUGCUGGGAAUAAUCAAUUGAUAUUGUCUAAUACUACAUCGAAUGGAACGAACAGAAGUCUUUUGGAUUUUUCGGAAUUUAAUGAUGCAGAACUUGCAAGUUAUAGAUUACGAUGCGGCGUUUGGAUAACGUUUGUACUUGCAACAGGAUUUGUCGCUGCUGCAAAAUUUUACUUUAGUGAUAGAGGCCAAGGUAUAGAAAUAUUCGUAUUUUGGGGUCUGUUAACAUUAUCAUUAUUUGCAUGUUUAUAUUCUAUUUUAUAUUGUCGGAAUCAACGCAAUAAUCAUCAAGAACAUCAAAUUCAAGAGGAGCACAUUGCGUCUGUAACUGCUACAACUUCAAUGCCCAAUGAAAAUAUUAGACCUAUUUCUGUAGUAAGACAGAAUCCACCACCACCCUAUCAUAUUGCUAUUUUGAUUCCAUCAAAUAAUCCAUCAGAGGAAGCUCCACCUCCAUCUUAUGACAAAAUUAUGCGUUAAAUUAAUAUUAGUAACCUAUUAUAAGCUGUAUAAAAUUCUAUAACUAUUUUUUCAUAUAUUACAUUUUCUAAACAUAAAACAUUGGUACACAAUACGCACCAUUAAAAAGUGCAUCACUAACUACAAAUACUUCAUUACCGAGCUUUUGAUUUGAGCAAACAAAAAAAUGAGAAAAAGUUCAUGGAAGUAUUAAUAACUUUUCUAGGCUAGGAAAACUUUACAUCUGUGAUACAAAUAGUGAUGUAAUGAUCAAUGUCGCUCGUGGUAACAUUUGCAGCUUAAAGGAAAAAUACUAUUGUGGGCAUUAUACACAGUCAAAAAGUACGCGCACUAACAAUAGUUAAUGUUCGAUACUUUAAUUAAAUUAACUGCAAACAUAUAUUUUCCUGUUUUAUAUUUGAAAAAAUGCGUACAGUUUUUUUUAAGCCGAAAUCAAAUAUACAAAAUGAUUUGCUAUAGAAAAAGUUGAUGUUCCUUCACUUCUAAAAAAAAUUUUUUUUUAUGAUCAACAUAAGAAAAUAAUGUAUUGCGAUAUAAUCGUAAUUCAUAUGAAAUUAAUAUAAGUUAUUUACAAAAUGAAAUGAUUCUGCAAUAAAAUAAAAUCGAAACUUAAGUUAAUUUAUAGGAAAUAAGCAUAGAGUUAUACUUGAUGCAUACACUGUCCACUUCUUUCAUAAUCUAUCGAAAACAUAAAUCUGAAAUCUUUUAAUAUAAAUUAAAAUAUACCACAAACAUAUUCUACUGUAUAAUAAUUAAUAAAAAUAUAGGUUAAAUAUAAUACAUGUUUUAUAAUAUUUAAUAUUACAUAUGUGUACAUAAUGUAGAUAAGUGAGCAUAAUUUUUUUAUGCUCCAAACUUCUAGCUAUGAUGCUUACUUAAUAUAUGUAUGUAUAUAAUUUUAUAUAAUUUUUCUUUUUUCAAUAUCGAAAUUGUUUACACAGUAAUUUUCUUUUGUAUGUGAAACAAAGUUAUAUAAUGUAUAUAGAAUAUUAUAAUUAAUACUUAUAACUAACAAUGAUUUUAAGCUUAAUAUUUUGCAUAUCAAGAUGUAGCUUGAACCAAAGAAAGUAUUCAAUUUCUUUCAUUUUAUUACUUUUCAAUUUGGUAUUCCAAACUUAUUACAAAUUUCUAAACUAUACUACAUUUUUAUGUUUGUCACAUAUUAAGUGUAGAUGUUUAUUUUGUAUGUAUAACAUGAUUAAGUAUCGUUUUAAUUUAUUACAUAUUAAAAGAAACGUAUUUUAGUCUUAAAACAAUGUAAUUGCACCAAUAUAUAAAUAAUGUAUAUAUACAUAAAUAAUGUAUAUAUAUAGAAAUACAAGUAGCAUAAAAACUUUCGAAUUUUAAACAAUGUCAUUAUCUUUAUACAGUCUUUUUGCCUAUCUUAUACAUAAUUAAAAAAAAGUAUUUUCAUGAAAGUAUUUAAUAUAGUAUUAAUAAAAUAACUUAAAUAUUUCGAGUUGAAAUAAAAGAUACAAUUACGUAUAUACAUAUUAUAUAUUAAAUAAAAUUAUUCACUAAAUAAAAUCAUAUUAAU